UUCUAUAAGAAGAAGAAACCCGCAAGAAAGCUCCUUUCAUGGCGGAUUCAAGCUCUUUACUCCCUCCUCUUUGCGAAAGGAUGUCAUGCAACAGAUUUGUUCCAAGAGCUUUGGAUCUCACGAUUCUUGGACUUCUCUGUUCACUUCUCUUGUACCAGAUUCUACAUAUAAACCAAAACGGUACAGUUUGGGUCAUGGCUUUCCUUCGUGAAUCUAGUUUCUUUUUCAUGUGGCUACUUUUUUCCAACGUGAUAUGGAGUCCUGUUAAACAUAAACCUUAUCCAGAUAGACUUGACAAAAGGUUGCAGGAUGUUGUGUGCAGGCUGCAAAAUGCUGUUGGCAGGAUGCAGAAUGUUGUACUAGACUAUGUUGGACGCAUGCUGAAGGAUGGUAGGAAUAGUUUGAAAGAUGUUGGAAGCAUGCUGUUGAAUAAAGCAUGCAUGGUUGUGUAA